GUGAUGCAAUUCGGCGACGGACAGGGCGGAAACAGAGUAAUAAUGGCGGCAGCAGCUGAAAACAAUGUGGAACUGAAGCGAAAAGCCGAUGAAACUCGGGCCGAAGACGGAGAAGAGGAGGAAUGGGUCGGGCCAAUGCCGAAUGAAGCUACCAAGACCAAGAAAAGAAAAGUGCUAGAAUAUGAACGCGUGUACUUGGACAACCUGCCUUCAGCUGCUAUGUACGAGAAGAGUUACAUGCACAGAGAUGUCAUCACUCACAUUGUUUGUUCCAAGACAGACUUCAUCAUCACGGCCAGCCAGGACGGCCACGUCAAGUUUUGGAAGAAGAACGAGGGCGAGGGAAUCGAGUUUGUCAAGCACUUCCGGAGCCAUCUUGGCGUGAUCGAGAGCAUCGCGGUGAGCGCAGAGGGCGCCCUCCUCUGCUCUGUGGGCGACGACCAGGCCAUGAAAGUGUUUGACGUGGUCAACUUUGACAUGAUCAACAUGCUGAAGUUGGGCUUCCACCCCGGGCAGAGCGAGUGGAUCUACAAUCCCGGCGACGCCAUUUCCACGGUGGCCUGCUCCGAGAAGUCCACGGGAAAGAUCUCCGUGUACGACGGGCGGGGCAGCGGUGAGCCCCUCCACGUCUUCGCCAAGAUGCACUCCUCGCCGCUGUCCCAGAUCCGCCUCAAUGCCAAAUUCCGGGUCAUCGUCUCUGCCGACAAAGCGGGGAUGCUGGAAUACUGGACCGGUCUGCCCAACGAGUUCAGGUUCCCCAAAUACGUGCAGUGGGAGUACAAGACGGACACGGACCUGUACGAGUUUGCCAAGAACAAAACCUACCCCACCAGUCUGGUCUUCUCCCCCGACGGCAAGAAGAUGGCCACCAUGGCGUCCGACCGGAAAGUCCGAAUGUUCCGCUUCCUCACGGGGAAACUGAUGAGAGUUUUUGAUGAGUCCUUAACCAUGUUCACAGAGCUGCAGCAGAUGAGGCAGCAGCUGCCCGACAUGGAGUUCGGGAGGCGGAUGGCGGUGGAGCGAGAACUGGAGAAGGUGGACGGCAUCCGUCUGACCAACAUCAUCUUUGACGAAACGGGCCACUUCGUCUUGUACGGCACCAUGCUGGGCAUCAAGGUCAUCAAUGUGGAGACCAACAGAUGCGUGCGGAUCCUGGGGAAGCUGGAGAACAUCCGCGUGAUCCAGCUGAGCCUCUUCCAGGGCGUGGCGAAGGCCAUGCAAGUGGCGCCCACCGUGGAGAUGAAGGCGUCGGAUAAUCCCGCCCUGCAGAACGUCGAGCCCGACCCCACCGUCUUCUGCACCGCCUUCAAGAAGAACCGCUUCUACAUGUUCUCAAAGAGAGAACCGGAGGACACGAAGAGCGCCGACUCGGACCGAGACAUCUUCAACGAGAAGCCCUCCAAGGAGGAGGUGAUGGCCGCCACGCAGGCCGAGGGCCCCAAGAGAGUGUCGGACAGCGCCAUCAUCCACACCACCAUGGGCGACAUCCACAUCAAGCUGUUCCCCGUGGAGUGCCCAAAGACGGUGGAGAACUUCUGCGUCCACAGCAGGAACAGCUACUACAACGGACACAUCUUCCACAGAGUCAUCAAGGGCUUCAUGAUCCAGACCGGGGACCCCACGGGCACCGGCAUGGGCGGCGAGAGCAUCUGGAGCGGCGAGUUCGAGGACGAGUUCCACGCCACCCUGAGGCACGAUCGGCCCUACACGCUCAGCAUGGCCAACGCAGGCCCCGCCUCCAACGGAUCGCAGUUCUUCGUCACCGUCGUGCCCACGCCUUGGCUGGACAACAAGCACACGGUGUUUGGGAGGUGCAUCAAAGGGAUGGAGGUGGUCCAGAGGAUCUCCAACAUCAAAGUUCACCCCAAAACGGACAAACCGUACGAGGACAUCAGCAUCAUCAACAUCACCAUCAAGUGAUAUUUUUGUUUUUUACAUCUUUUUAGACACGACUAUUAAACGCUGCGUUCAAAAGUC